ACACAAACGACAGGAUAGGGCUGCAUAAUCAUCCCCACCCCAAGCCUCCGCUCCAGAUAUUUGAAAUCAAAAAGAUUAAGAUCCCCCCAUUAUGGAAUUUCUGUACAUCUCCUCCAUCGUCACCGACUUCUUCAACCGCCUCAUCACUCAUCCUUCGCACUCGUCUCCCAAAACUGACGGUGAGCACGGCUUCGAUCCCACCCCCAUUACCACCACAGCCUGCAGACCCCUCCCCAAGAAAUGAUUCGCCCUCGCGGGCAUGAAGCCCCGAAAGUGGCAUCUCGUUCCCGCUGGCUCCCUCUUCUUGCUUUGUGUGCUUUUAGUGUUCCACCUGCGACGAUCAGAAACAGAGAGAUGCACUCGAAACAUGCUUUUCCCUUUCUAUUGCAAAUACAGUGAUCCCGUCGUUGCAUCUCCAUCCCGCAAACCCGCAUCCCGCCUCCCGCAUCCUUUACUCCCACACGGUUCCGCACAUACCACACAAACUCGACAAGUCAUUCGUAAGGCGUCGCGCGUCAAAGAAUCCGUAAAAAUUCCAAUUACACAUACAUGUCCCACUCUUGGCCAAGGCUGUGCAUACCUUACCCGUGAAAAAUAGCUUCGAAUGGUCUUCACUGGUUUCUUCUUAUCGCUGACAAGCCUACCUUAUGGACGUGCGCAGGUCCUUGGCUCGUCCAUUCGAACAC